GCUAUGCGCAAGUAUUGUGCAUCUCAAGCGGAGGAAAGCAAUGCAAAGGGGCUUCUUGUGUCUUAUAAUUCUGAUGACGAUCAAGGAUGGCGGUUGCAAUUGAGGUGGCGAAACCAGGUAACCUGAGAAAGAGGGUUCCUAUAUUUCCUUAUUUCAGCGGUGUGUAUGUGUUGAAGGGCAACAUCUUGGGGUAUAUAAAGCAUAUAUCAGUGCAUAUCAGCGAUAAUGUGGAAUAAUUAGACCAUAAACUGUAGUUUCUCUUUAUAUUGUUCGCUUCGCUUUGUGCAUGUUGCGCUCCUUACUACCUGUUUCGUCUGAUUGGCGAAAUGAAUUUAGGCGUUUUAUCUGAUGAAUACAUCGCGAUGGAAUAAGUCGGCUAUAUUUUAUUCUUCGCUGUGAGCUUGUAUGGGGUCAGAUUAUG